AUGCAACAACAUAGAAGUCAAGUCUAAACUGCAACAACCACGCCAUUAUUAAGAUACUCUAGAUCUCAAAUUAUAAAUGAUUUCAGCCCAAACAAAAUUAAAGAUAGAAUAAAGGUACCACUAGAAUCAAGACGAAGGAUAAAAGAGAUGCAAGAAUAAAUGAGAUUGUAUAUGAAAAGCGCUCUAUCUGAGUAAACAAUAACUAAAAACUUUAGAAAGGAUUUCAUUAACAGUAAAUCAAUUAACAUGCUUAUCAGAGAUGAUCAGAUGCCAUAGCUUAACCUAAAUUUCAUUAAGCAAGACAGCGAAGAAAGUCUUAAAUUUAAGGAAAGUCUACUAGCUACCUUCUAGAUGCAUGACUCAUAUGAGUAAUUCGAGUAAAUCCAGAAGUAACAGUUUAAGAAAAUUGUCCCUGAAAAUGGUUACGAAAAGUUUAAGCAGUAGAAGUAUCAAAGUAAAUACGCGAAUUCUCUUAAAAGUACUUUGACUUAGAUCUUUUCUCCAAAAACGUUGGAGAGUACUAAUGAUAAAGAGCUAGUAAAAAUAAUAAAGUAUACAGAAAACCCACAUGAAGCGAUUAAAAAUGACAUUGAUUCUAUUAAAACUUCAAUGAUAACUGAAUAUGAUUAGUAUCAAAAGGAUAAAAACAACUAUUUAAGUGCAUCAAGAUCUAAUAGCAAACUUCUAACUGGUCUGAAUACUGGAACAAUGCAUCAAGUAAUAGAUAGCUAUCUUGAUAAAAUAAGAGGGAAGACUUUGUCAAGAUGCCAGAGCUCACGAUAAAAUACAUUUGGCCCAAACAUUUAUACCUAUUAAGUCGGCACUCAACUCCACUAAGGCCGUACUACUAAUUUCAAUGCUCAUGAAAAGGGUAGAAACUUUAUGCAGUCUAGAUUGAUGAAAAGAGAUUCUUGCGACAAACUUGGACAAUUCAAAGGAUUUGCAAAGACAAAUCAUAAUUUUGACUUUACCAAAUACUCUGAAAGAGAUAAGUAGAGCUAUCUAAAGGUAUUAGCUGUGCAGCUUAAAGAAUAAAGAUAAUAGAAAAUGGAAAGAAAGAUGAAUGUUAUGAUUAAGAUGGAAUUGAACCCUUCAAAAUAAGAAGAUACCAUAGAUCUAGCACAUCAAGAAGUAGUUUAAUAUGAAAUUGCAAAAGAUAAUGAAGUUAUUGAAGAAAAAAAGGUAAAAAAGCGCAAGCGGGUUCAUAGUAGAGAUAAUAAAAACAACCUUGAUCUCCAAAAUGCUCCUAAAAUAUCAAUGGAGGAAAGAGAAGAUGUAGCCAGGUUAAUUCAUAAUAGCUAAAAGAUAACUGAUCUUCAGAAAACUUUGUAAAACACACUUUUACAUUUGGACGAGGAAAAGAUGACUAAUACCAUGUCAUAGACUAAGGAAUAGUUGACUUACAUAAAAAAAGAAAAAGAAAAAUUUAUUCUGAAAUUAGCCGAAAAGAAAAAUCAAAACUUGUGA